GGAACGGGAGCUGAGUGGUUCUCUUGGCAGCUAAGCAUGGCUGGCUGGAGGGGCCCGGCCACUCUCCUGGCCUUUCUCCUCCUGUGCCCGCUCCCCUCCCCCUGCUGCCCUGCCGUCUGCAGAUGCUCCUCUGGGGAAGUGGACUGCAGUUACCGAGCCUUGCGCAUUGUGCCCGAAAACCUGCCCACCAACACCAGUGCCCUGUGGCUGGGCCACAACCACAUCGCAGUCCUCAAGGCUCGCUCCUUCCGCUUGCAGCAGGCGCUUCAGAACCUCAGCCUGCGCAGCAACGUCCUGGUGAGCAUCCACAGCCAGGCCUUGGCAGGGCUUGGGGCGCUGCGGGAGCUGGACCUGAGCAACAACUACCUCACCAUGCUCCCGGCCGAGACUGUCCUGCCUCUCCCAGGCUUAGUGACUCUCAACGUGGGGGCCAACAAGCUUGGCCAGCUGCCCCCAGAGGUGCUGGAAGCACUGCCCUGCUUGCAGGAGCUCUUUCUGCACAGCAACGCCCUGAGGUCGCUGCAUGCCGGCGUCUUUCUGAACCUGCCUGCCUUGCGCUCCCUGACGCUGCAGGGCAACCCGUGGGCGUGCACCUGUGAAAUCCAGCCCCUCUUCCUCUGGAGCAUGGGCAACAGGGACAAAAUCCAAGAGGAGAAUUUGAUCCUGUGCAGAUUCCCAGAGCACCUCAACCAGUAUCCCCUCCUGGCCAUUGGCAACGAGUCCUUCAGCCACUGCCAGGACAGCUUGCUGUACCCUCGGGACUACGCCUUCUUCCUGCUCAUCGGCCCGGCCUCCUUCCUGGCCAGCAUCCUCAUCUGCCUCCUACUCGGCUCCCUGGCCGUGGCCUAUAACCACCUCCUGAACGAACUUUGCUAUUGGUGA